CUGUCUAUCGGCAGGAUAUUCCUGACGUAUCCUGUGUGUGGCGUCUUCUUCAUGCUGGGUAACCUCACAAACCCGGUGUCUCCUCUGGUGCUGGUGGUGAUGUCUUUGGAGAGAUGUGUGGCAGUUUGUUACCCUCUGAGGCACGCUGCCAUCGUCACCAUCAGAAACACAGCAGUGGCUGUAAUGCUGGUUUGGGCCAUCUGUCUGGCAGCCUACACCUAUUUUCUGUUUGUUUCUGCUGCUCUGGCCAUCAGCUCUACCUAUGUUGUUGUAAUUCUAGCUGCCAGGUCGGCCUCCACUGACAAAGCUUCAGCUCUUAAGGCUCGUAACACUCUGCUGAUGCAUCUGCUACAGCUGGGCCUCAUCAUCUCCUCAACCAUUCACAACCCGCUGCUAUAUGCUGUUUCAAGGCUUGUUUUCAAAGGGAAUCGCAAAUCCAGUCUGUCCUUGUCCUGGAAGGAGCCCCUACUUACUCCAAUGUAUGAGAUCCACCACCAGAGCAGUGUGGACUCCAACCCCUAUGUCACCUUGGAGAGCCCCCCAAUCUCCCCAUCCAACUCCAUAUCCCUGACCGGAACAACUGAGACUAGAAUGCCCAACCCGAGGUCCCCAGAUGAUGGACCAGAAUCUAAUUAA